AAUGAAUGUCUUCUUGUAUAAAUACAGAGCAAAUUGCGAGUUCCCAUUCAGUUUGAAAUAUUCGCCGAUAGUCGCGUCAAUAAACUAAUCUGGUUUCCGUAGUGUGCUCACCAUUCACCAUUUAAGAUAAGUUGGUCCUUUUUAUCUACAGUACGUUUUCUUUAAAUCUCAUAAAAUUGGCUUGAAAAAUAGUACUUGAAUUCGAAUUGAAGUGCUAUUAAAAACGAAAAAACUCGAUUAAAAAUGGCUAUGACUCAAAUGCAAUUAAUCCUCAUCGUCAUCAUUUUGGUUUUUGUCGUUUGUUGUAACUGCCAAUCAAUUGACCCCGGUGCUUCCUCUUCUUGGGCGAAACUCCAAAUCUCACCGGACACGUUAAGUUCCAUGGAGUACGGCAAUUUUCUCAUUGAAAUUUACGAACACGCCAAUAACCAUAAAGCAUCAACGACCGCCAGCCAGAAAAAAUAUUUCUACUCUCCCCUCGCGCUAUUGGACCACAACAGUGCCGUUAGUAUAUUCAACAACGUUACGAAGCAACCAGAGAUGAGAUUUCGUGUGGAAAUGUGGAACGCCAAAGUCCAAAAUGAAGUGGUCAAACAUUUAAACAAAUCUAUCGGUCAAGAAAUACAAUCCGAUAAAGUGAGAGUCAUUCCCUUGGAAAAGGUCAUUCUCACGAGCAACACACCCACAGCAGAUUAUUCGCUAUCGCCAGUGUGGACGAUUUAUGACAAGAGAAAAACCUUGUGGUUUUCUCUUUCGUGUUAUGACCUGAAAAUCUGCAACAAACUGGCCAACGAAAUGCGAUCUAAUCCCCAACAAUUUGACCAUUUCAAACUUCUCUACAGUUUGUCAUCGCAGACGUCGCAAACUAAACAGACGACCAUCAGCAUCGAAAGCGUCACUUCCGGUCAAAUGGUUACUGCUCUUUUACAAAAAUUUGAAGACAAAAAAGAAAUUUUUCUGACAGCCAACGACGAAAAGAAAAUGUUGGCGGAAAUGGCCACCAAAUUCCGAAUGGACACAUUUGACGAUUCCGAGGUCUGGUCUCCGGACACGGAGUCUCAAAUUUUAAAGAUUUUCAGAGAUUUGCUGGUCAAGUCUAGUACGACCAUCAAAGAGCAAAGCGACAAAAUGUGGGACUCUGUUUUCUGGAAUGAGGACAAUUACCGGCCGGACAAAACGACGAAAACUUUAAAUGAAAUCAUAAACAAACUGGACAAGGAAACUCAAAGGAUUUUGGCGGAUAUGUUUCAAAAUGUGGAGAGGCAAUCGCAGAUGAUAGAAAAAUUAACGUCGAGUAAUAAAGACACGGAGAAAAGACGAGAGGAACAACUUCGUCCCGAAAAUGAAUCGAAAGAUGCAAAUGCAAUUGAAAUGAGAAGAUCACAAGUAACUGAUCACCAACAAUUUAGUCGCAAUCAAACUCGAGAUGACAAAUCGACAACCAGCAGAGAUGACACUGAUAUCACCGUCGAUGGCGUCGGCUCUGAUGACGGCAUUAAAAUUGCGACCAAUAAUAGUCACACGCACAAUACUGAUCAACAAAACGAGAGGAAGGAAAAUGCAAAGGAAAAUUCAGACGAAUAUGACAGGAAAAUGAAGAAUAAAGAAAGAAUCCAACACAAUUACGACUCAAACAGUUGGGCUGACGUGGAUAGAAUCAGUUUAACAAUUUCCGGGAAAAUGGCUAUUGAUUCCGAUAAUUCCCGGCGAAUCGAAAUUGUGAAGGAAGAAGUAAAAAAGUUAUUACAAGAAAGUAGAGACCACGUCCAAUGGGACGAAGAGAAAUUCGGGCCCAAAACGAUGCAACUGAGCAGAAUCAAUUUGGACAAAUUUCGCGACUCUCAAUCGUUUCAGGAUCGCAACGUUCGUGUCCGUUACACGACCGCUGAACUGUCGGCGCCCAUCAAAUUUAUAGAACACGCAGAAUUGACUGCCACUGACGAAUGGAACAAUUUAAAGGAAGAACUGAAAGAAAAUAGAGAACUCUUAAAAACAGCUGGAAUGAACUUGGCGAAAACGAAUAACGAACUGGGUAAUGUGAAGAGUGAUUUGAUCAACACGAGAAUCGAAUUGGCUAGUAAAUUAGAAGCGACUAGGAAAGAGAUGAUGCAAACCAAAAUUGACUUGGAGAAAACGGCUCAUUUAAGGGAAAUGACGGUCAAAACCGUCGAUGAUUUAACAGCAGAACUAAAUGUGACUCAAAAAGAAUUAGCAGAAAUGAAAAUAAACACUGGCAAUUUUUCAAUGGAGCUUGAAGAGACUGUGAUGAGCUUGGCGAAAACGAAUACAGAACUGGGUAACAUGAAAAGUGAUUUAACCAACACGAGAAUCGAUUUGGCUAGUAAAUUAGAAGGCACUUUGGUGAAAACUAACAACGAAAUGGAAAAAACGAAUACCAUUUUCAGGAAAACCGUUGAUGAUCUGUCAAAGAAAUUAAUAGGGUUUGAAAAAGAACUGGCAGAAAAGAAGAUGGACGUUGGUAAAUUUUCAUUAGAACUAAAAGCCAAUUUGCAACGAUUUGGUUACGAACUAAAAACCGCCGACGACAACCUGAGAAAAGAACUGAGAGCAACCUCAAAUGAUCUGGAAACAACAACCACAAAUUUGGCCUCAGCGAGAAUGGAAUUGAGCAACACAAAGUCCGCCGUUUCGGAAUUGACGACCAAAUUAAAUGCCAGAACGAAUGAAAUUGUUGACAUUGGUAAAAUGCCAACCUCCUGUUGGGAUCUGCAGCGAAUGGGACAAAAAAUCAACGGAUUCUUUUUGGUGAAAGGAUUGAAGAAGAUGGAAACGGUUUACUGUGAUUUUUAUCCUAAUCAAAAUGACAAACAAAAAUGGAUCGGAUACGCCGACGUCAAAUCGGCGCCCGUCCAUUUCUACGUCCAGAGAAAUUCUCCAUUUUUCGAACGAAAAACUCCAAUUCCAUUUGAGUUGGCGCGGGUCAACGAGGGAAACGCCAUGAAUUUGACAUCGGGAAUAUUAACAGCAUCGCGAACCGGAACUUAUUUUUUCUCGUUCACGGGACUGGGGCGAUUUACAAAUUCUUCAUCUCUGUUACAACUUGCAGUUGGUCUUUAUUUGAACGCGGAUCGAAUCGGAUUGGGUUAUGUUGAAGAGGCAAACACCGUCAAUAAUCAGUGGAGUCCGUUGACCCUCCAGUCGACGCUGAACUUGAAAAAAGACGAUCGAGUUUGGGUGCAGAUUGAUGGCUGGACAUCAGGGUCGUUUCUGGUUGACAGUCCCCACCACCACACCCAUUUCACGGGUUUCAUGUUGGGGGAGGAAAUAGUCGCGUCCCUUUGAGUGAGUAUCAUCCAAAAUGCACAAAAUGAUCACCGACAAAAAAUGAAUAUCCAAAGAUAAUUGACUUACAGUUGACGCGAGGAUUUUUUAAAUUGCCUUAUUUCAUGGGGAAUGGAAGAAAAUUGAUUCGUUUAGGGGGGGGGGGGAUUUCUCUAGGAAAAUUUGAAGGUGUAUGCGAAUAGACUUACUGAAUCAAUUUUCAAGUUUUUAGCUUAAAAAAUGUAGACGCGACAAGUAAAAAACCGAUUUUGUUUGCCAGAUUUGCAAAAUACAAGUUGGACUAGAAAUGGGAGAAAAUUCAUCGCGUUUAAUUCACUUGUGACUGGGAAUUUUUCAAAAUAUUUUUACACUGUUACACGCGCAUUGUAUCGAGCAUUGCACAAAAAUUCGUGUGUCUACCUGUCGAAAUAAGGGCAGGAGACGUGAAAAACUCGUUUUGAUUGCCAGAUUUAAAAUUUUAAAAUUAUUGCUAUUUUUAAUUUUCGAUUUCUUCGGUUUGCUUGUUGCCUGCAGCAGAUUGAGAUUGCAAAACAAUACACAAACAGAUAUCUUCUUA